CUCGAGGUUUCUCAGUUUGGGGCUCAGUAGCCAUUUUGUUUUUCAAGAGAUCUGUCUCGUUGUUGAUAAAAUAUCAAACAUUAUUAUUUUUCCUACAGUUGAAUACGGAGUCCUUGCUCCUCUACAGUGUUAUCAAUUAUCAAAAAACGCGUUUCACUAGAUAAGAAGCAGUAAUCUGGACCCCAACAAGGUGCUACUGCUGGCCCGUUCCCCUCAAAGAAUCACAAUUAAAACGAAAACCUACUGCACGGCGUCAACUAGAGUUUGGUUUUUAUACUCACUUUGCCCUAUGUGCUUUCAGUGUACAUAAUGGAGUUGAAUGAGGAUGACAGUCACCCGGAGAUCGAGGCUCUCGGCUGUGAACUCAGCACCGUGCUCAAGGCGUCUGCUAAAUCUUUAGCACCCACCGUUAGCGACGAAGCACUUAACACGCUAAACGAGCUGCGCGAAGCGAAUCUUCUAUGCGAUGCCCAGAUCUCGGUGGGGGAGCAUGCCUUUAACGUACACCGCGCAAUAAUGUCCUCAUGCAGCUCGUAUUUUCGGGCGCAGUUCACAGGGUUUUAUACCUCCAGUUGCGGAUGCGGAGCUGGAGCUGCUAGUGUCGAGGAGAAACGCGUCAUCCAUAUCCCUGGCAUAAGUGCAUGCAUAAUGAACUGUGUAAUCCAGUUUGCAUAUCUGCGCAAGACCACCAUUUGCGAGGACAAUGUCCACGAACUUCUUAUCUGUGCGGACUAUGUUGGCAUGGUGGCUCUGGUUAAGCAGUGCAAAAACUACCUUAGCCGCACUCUUACCCCUGAAAACUGUGUCAGUAUAAUGGGAUUUGCACGGUUUCGAUUUUUGGAGGACUUGCACCUAAAGGCCCGCCACUAUAUGCUGAGAUACUUUACGGAAGUAGCAGCCCGAAAUACGGACAUCAUGGAAAUGAAUAUUAAGGACUUUUACAGCAUUAUUAGCGACGAUGAACUUAACACACGCGAAGAGGACCAUGUAUGGAAACUGUGUGUCAAGUGGAUCGACCGGAAUCCGGAGAGCCGCAAAAAACAUGUUGCACACUUAAUGACUGGCGUUCGAAUGGGUCUCAUGACUCCAAAGUGCUUCAUGGAAGAGGUCAAGGAGCACCCGUACGUCAUUCAAUGUGAAGCCGCCAAGCCCCUGAUUGUCGACACCUUCAAGUUCAUGUAUGAUCUGGACUUUUUAAACCCACAGGCAGACGAGCUUACCACACCUUCGCUUGCAAUGCCGCGCCUGCCGCACGAGGUCAUAUUUGCCAUUGGUGGAUGGAGCGGCGGAACCUCAAAAGGAUGCAUCGAGACAUACGACACAAGGGCCGAUCGCUGGGUGAACAUCAACGCUGAGGAUCCUGCUGGUCCCCGCGCAUACCAUGGAACCGCCGUGAUUGGCUUUAAGAUAUUCUCGAUAGGCGGGUACGAUGGUGUUGAGUAUUUCAACACCUGCCGCGUAUUCGAUGCAGUAAAAAAGAAGUGGAGCGAAAUCGCGCCGAUGCAUAGUCGCCGCUGCUACGUGAGUGUGACAGAGUUAAACGGCAUGAUAUAUGCCAUCGGUGGCUACGACGGCCACAACCGGCUAAACACCGUGGAGCGAUAUAACCCGAAAACCAACCAGUGGUCCAUUAUCCCCCCAAUGAACAUGCAGCGUUCCGAUGCCAGCGCCUGCACCCUGCAAGGCCGUAUCUAUGCCACCGGCGGUUUCAACGGCCAGGAGUGCCUUGACAGCGCCGAGUGCUACGACCCGAUCACCAACGUGUGGACGCGGAUAGCUAACAUGAACAAUCGUCGGUCCGGAGUUAGCUGCGUGGCCUUCAGGAACCAACUGUACGUUAUUGGUGGCUUUAACGGUACGGCGCGCCUAUCUACUGGAGAACGCUUUGAUUUGGACUCGCAGACCUGGCAUUUCAUUCGAGAAAUGAAUCACUCGCGUAGCAACUUUGGGCUGGAGAUUAUUGACGAUAUGAUCUUUGCCAUCGGCGGCUUUAACGGCGUCUCAACCAUCUCGCAUACCGAGUGCUACGUUGCGGAAUCAGAUGAGUGGAUGGAGGCCACUGAUAUGAAUAUUGUCCGCUCAGCCCUGUCUGCCAAUAACGUAGCCGGUCUGCCCAACAAACGAGACUACAUACACAAAGAGCGGGACCGCCUAAUGGAGGAGCGCCGUCAGCGUCUCAUGGCUACCGCCAUGGCCCGGGAGGACAUCGGUCACAACAACAUAUCGCAAACGUUAAUGCAGACCAAUGAUGGGGCCAUGGAUGACUACGAGAGCCCCAACGAAGAUGAAGAGGCUCAGCAGCAGCAGAACAUAACACUGCCUUUUCCUCCAGUGGCUCCAGCUCCCGGUUUCGGACCAACUACCGGACCAGGAUUCGCCCCGGUGGCUUUCCAGCCACCAUCACAGCUUCAACCCGUUGGCACCAUCCACCAAAACCGAUUAAUGGAAGAUCGCGGUCAAGACAACAAUCGGCGCUUUCGUAUGCAGCUGCGUAAUCCACGCCACGGUUCGCAUCAUGAAAUUCGUCGUCGCGCCUAGACGUUGGCGCGCCACAAGGCCAUUCAGCUUUGGGCAUGAAUUAUGACAGGUCCUAUCAUUAAGUGAAAAGAAGAGCAGAAUCCGACAUGAUAAAGCGUUAGCGUAUGGCAAGGUAUUUUUGUCUUUCAAGUCCUGCAGCGUAGCCGACGUCCGUUGAAACCGUUUUUCGAUACUUUACUCACUUUAACACACACACAGAAACUGAAUAUCCGAACAAUUUUAAUUCCCCAACCCUUUUAGCAAAUUUAAAAAAGGUACUGAAAAAACAAAAAAAUAUUCAAAAAUUAUAAUUGAUCCAAAUUGAACAUAUGUACACCAAAAUUUAACGCAUUAAAAAUGUAUUAUAAUAAAGCCUUGCUUAACUACA